AGGAGUAAUGGCGGCGCUGUGUUGGACCCGUGCCGUGGCUGCCGAGAGCCGUUUCCUGCGAGUGUUUGUCUUCUCCCGGCCCUUUCGAGGCGCAGGCUCUCAGAGUGGCUCCGGGAGCGAGAGUUCCGAUUCCCCGGAGCCUCGAACUCGCCCAGGCGGCUUUGCGAGCGCGUUGGAGCGGCACUCGGAGCUGCGGCGGCAGGCGGAACUCGGACGGGGCUCUCCAAAGAAUGUGGAAUCCUUCGCGUCUAUGCUGAGACACUCACCUCUUACACAGAUGGGACCUGUCAAGGAUAAACUGGUCAUUGGACGAAUCUUUCAUAUUGUGGAAAAUGACCUUUAUAUAGAUUUUGGUGGCAAGUUUCAUUGUGUAUGUAGAAGACCGGAAGUGGAUGGAGAGAAGUACCAGAACGGGACCAGAGUCCGGCUGCGGCUGUUAGACCUGGAGCUGACGUCUAGAUUCCUGGGAGCGACGACGGACACAACUCUCCUGGAGGCCGAUGCGGUUCUUCUAGGACUCCAGGACAGUAAAGACUCAAAAUCCAGAGGGGAACAUCAUGAAGAAAAUUGAACCUUGCUUAGUGCGUUCACUCCUUCUCUGUUAAACCCAGAUGUUCAUCAAGGAUGUAAUGAGAAAAUUGUGAAUAAAUGAUUGAAAGAAGAGUAGUGUAAUAAAUGAAAGCUAUUACAGUAGCUCUUACUUGUUAGAAUUUUCUUUAACUUGUUUAAGCCCAUUCCUUCCUUUGAUUGGAAUAGUG